CCGCUCCGGACGCGUUUGUUUCUUUUGGAGGAAAGCAGACGGACAGCGUGCACGCCCCCCGUCCUUCACACGCACGGAUCGAUGAGGAGAGAAUCAAUGUUCUGAUGAAACAAUAAACACUGGAUUAUAAUCAGCAGAAGAAGAGUGGAAGGUUGAGACAUUCGACAGGGUUCAGUGUCUCUAAAGGACACGAGGACAUGAGGAAAGGAGGCGAGAAGGACACGAACCUGCUGCUUCCUGGGAGACAUGGCGGACUGAACGGCGUCCUCGUUGCAGACGCUCCCGUCUGAAGCAGAACCCCCCCACGGGCUCACAGCAUGGUGGAUGCCAGCGCAUCUUACAGGAUGAACCCGCUAGCUGGCCUCAGCAUCGACCGCAACGCUCUGGUGGGGGAGAACUACCGCCCCCACGCAGGAAUCUUCUAUCCCGGCCUUCAACCCCUCUCUGCUGAGAAGCCCCAGGAGGCCGGCGCUUCUCUCCCGCUUGGCUACGAUCUCCUCUACAAACCCGGCGUAACCCUGCUGGAUGGCCAGAAAUCUGCGAAUGGAUAUGUUGGACUUUAUAAGAGCCCACCUCCAGGGCUGCAAAAACCCUUGAUGGUUCCUGGUGCAGGAGGUGACGGUUUUGGGCUGGACCGCCGACUCUUAUCCAACGACAAGCAGUCAGAGCUGGGUCUGAAUGGUGCGGGGGGCUUCCUGAGAUUGCCCUGGUUCAGCCCUUACGCUGAUGCAACAAUGUACCCGUUCCUGGACAUGGCGUACAAGGCCUCCUUCCUGUCCCAGCCAUCGCCCUUCCUUCACCAGCAGCUGGCAUACCAGUCUCUAUGUGCUGGUGGGGCAGGAAGCAGCACACCUGGGGAGGACAGACUCUUCUACCUGCCUCAUUAUGGCCCGGCCCAUAUCUCCUCCCCGCUGGGCCCUCUGAUCAGGAUCCCUAAUGCAACUACAGCUCCUGCUGUCCUGUCACCGCUGCCCCACUGUCAGGACAAGGCCUUACUCGGUCCUCAGGUGCAUCAGGAACCCUCUGCCUUUAGCACCAGUCCACAGAUCCACCAGGAGCCUCAAGCGGUUCAUCAUACCGAGCGACAGCAUGGCAGCAGUAGCAGUGGCGCAAAGUCCAGUCAACCCACUUCCACCAAGAACACGAUUACCAGCAGCAGUGGUGGAAGUAGUGGUGCCCCUGUUAGCAGCUCAGCUGCCCCCUCAGAGUCACCCCCAGUUCCCCAUCCCCCAUGCACGGUUGCCCAAACCCUCACCAACACCACUACAGACCUCCAGAAGUCGCUUUACAGAAGGACCACCUCAUCCUCAACCUCGCUGUCAGUGUCUCGCCCCUUUUACAUGACCACUUCAGGCAGCAACAAAACCAAAGAUGCCAGCUCGGACCGCAGUACUGCAGAGGUAUCACCUGCAAAGACGUCACUGGACAAAGCUGUACCUCAAAAGUCUGCCAAAAAUCCCAGGGAAAAACCUUUGGAUAUGUCCGCCAAAGAGUUGGAAGAAUUCUCAAAUGGAUUCCCGUCUAAAUUAGAGGACCUGGCCAAGUUGGGGUAUUUACCACCAUCUCAUUAUCAGAACCCACCCGUUACCACGUCAGCAAAGACCCCAGAUCGUCCUGAAGGGAUCAGCACUGCGCCCUCCCCUUGGGUUGUACCGGGUCCUUCCCCAGCUGUCAGCUCUGCACAGCACAGCAGGGGCUCCCAAAUUAUGAAAAACAAGAGUCUAGACACGACUUCUCAAAGCUCACCCAGCUCUAAGACAGUUGAGGUCACCGGCAUUCACAGUCCUGCCUCAGCUGGACGACCCUCUGCGUCACCUCCUUCCCCAAAGGCCAAAGUCGAAUGGCCACGAGUCCCCGCUACUGAUUUUGAGAAUCCAAACAGUAAAGGAGAGACUCACCCUGAAAAACAGACUACAACUCCUGAUAAACCAGAGGCUCAAGAGAGGCAACCUCAUCCUCAGCAAUCUCGUGCGGGAAAUGGAAACUCCUCCGGUCAAAUCUACGGCGACUCCUACCUCCCUCCUGGUUUAGGUUACACUAACCGCUACAUCCCUUACUCAGUUGCUGAGAAUAUGUCCUUGCAACGCAUGACCAUACCAGGCAAAGGGCCUGUCUAUACCCAUCCAGCUUUGCUUGGCAACAGCAGCUUUUACCCACCUUGCAUUGCACCAAAACAUGGACUUCAAUUUGGGGUGCAUUCAAACCAGGGUGACUUCAUGACAUACCAGAAUUCCCGGGGGAUGGCCCCUCCACCUGUUUCCUCCCACGCAGGUCUUGACCGGAUUGAGAACCAGGAUAAAACCUGGAAUGCUGAACCGUACAGGAACCAGGAAAGGCCGGAUACUGAUUGCUCCCAGAAGAGUGACAUCGAGAGAGACAAGUCCACAAACCCAACCGUAAAGAUUUCAGGUAAAAGCCUCACUUCUACCAGAGAUGAUGUAGUUUGUAUUGACCUGGUGCGUGAUGACGAAGAUGAAGAAUUGUCCACCAACAAGCACAGCUCCUCACCUACCAUAAGAGAAGAAAGUGAGGCUCGAAAAGUUCCUCCUCCCAGCCAGGUUGCCGAACAGAGACAAAGCUUAUUACCAAACACCUCCCAACAACAACACCUCCAUCACAAGUCUUCAUCACCUCAUCCUCCCAGUGAGGAGAUCCCAGAGGAGAUCCCAGAGGUGGAGGAAUCACUUAGUCCUUUCCCAGACAUCCCAGAGGAGCAAACAAUGCGCUGUGCCCGAACUUCUCCACAGCAAUUUUCUAGAAAAUCUAAAACUGGUGCCUCUAGUGGUGACGUGAUAACGGACGUCACUGGUGGUCGGACUACUGGAGUUGAGAGCGCUAGCAAUGAAGCUAAGUCAACCUCAGCCAAUAAAAAUGUCAGCCUCCAACAAAGCCCUUCAAGAGAUGGAAACUCAUUGGAUCCAUUUAGCAAAGAAAGUAGUUUAGGUAACAACAAUUCCAACAACAUCAUGGGAUCAGUGUGUGCAGUCACCAGACCGAGGAGUCCACCUUAUGGGGGCACCUGUCAUCCAGACAGUCCAGUUUGCAGCAGUAAAGGACCAGCAAGUAGAGAUUUUAGCCCCCAGGUCCCAGCAUGCAGGAGUUUUAACCCCAGGGUCAUGAACACCAGGACGCCCACAUGUAACAGCGGAGAUGUCAGCAGAAGUUUCGUGGGCCCCUGUUGUAGAAAUCUGGCUCCAACUUGUGAACCCAGAAUUUUCAGCGGCCCAACUCAUGGAAGUAGCAACCCUGUGUCUCCAAAUCCCAGAUUUACAGAUUACGAAAACCGCAAUGCUGUGCGCCCGGUUUGUGGCAACGUCGAUCUCAGAGCUCCUACUUGUGGAAACAACUCUUUUGGAAAUAACCAAACCUGUGCACAUAACAACCUCAGGGUCCCCACUUAUGGAAACAGUUUUCCUCGGAGCCCAAAUUGUCGGCAUCUUUCACCUGCAAAUCCUACCAAUGGAGGCUUUAGCGUGACGCCUGCAGAUAUGACUCAAGAACCGGCAGUGAACAAAGACCUAAAGUACGAUGAGGGAGAGUCCAGGAGAGAAACAACCACCAGCUGUGGAGACGACGAGGACGACAUCCAGGACGGCUUGGAUCCCCUCGAGGACGACGAUGAGGACUCGUGCUGCGGUAAGGGCCGGCGCUCCGGACUCACCAGACGCAUCGCCAACUCGACCGGCUACGUGGGCGACCGGAUCAAAUGCGUGACCACGGAGCUCUACGCCGACUCCAGCAAGCUGAGCAGGGAGCAGAAAGCCCUUCAGCGAGCGAUGCUUCGCUUCUCUGAGCUCGAGCUGAAGGAGAAAGAGGGAGGAAGGGAGGAGGAGGAGGAGGAGGAGGAGCUGGAGGUGGAGGAGGAGAGGGGGAGGGAGGAAGAGGGAGGAGGAAGAACUCCCUCUGCAGCCGCCGCCGAGGCACCGAGAGGUUUCCAUCCGUCCUGCGCUCACAGCCGACUCCCCGUCCUGCCGCUGUGCCACCGCGCCGACGACCUCCCGGUCCUCCGAGAGCAGGACGACGUCCCGGAGGAGCAGAAGAAAUGCUGGGAUGAAGGAGGAGGUCUUCAGGAGGAGAAGAAGAAAGAGGAGAGGAGUUUUAUCUCACAACAACAACAACAGAGGUUUCUGUCUACAGCCAGAGGCCUGUUUCAGGGACACGUCGCCACGCCGACCGCCACGCCGACCGCCACGCCGGCACCCGGAGGUUCGAGUCCCAGCACGGCGAUAAACCGGAGGCGCAUCUUCAGCCUGGAGCCGUUCCACCAGAGCAGCAUCGGCAGCAGCCGGCUGAAGAGAGGGAGGGAGGAGGAGAGGGAGGAGGAGAGGACGGGAAACCCCAACAAGAAAACCAAGAUCACCAGCGACUCGACCCUGGAGGACGUGAGGAAGCUGAAGGUUUGCAUUGAGCUCAACGGCCUCCGACUCAACAAGCCCCGCCUCCCCGGUGAGCUCAGCCAAUGGCUGCCCUCCGGCCAGAGGUCGGCGGAGAUCAACAGGAAGAUCCAAAAGGACGAUGCGGCCGUGAGGGUGAGGUCAGAGGUCAACGGAGGCUGGUGUGACCCCACGUUUGUGAGGAGGGACGACCCGAGAGUCUUCCACGUGGCUCCGCCCUCCUCUCCCGCUCAUCUCCCCCGGCAACCGUGCAGCUCCGCCCCCCGGCAACCCUCCCCCUCUUCCUUCACCUCCCUCGCCUCCUCCCGCCUCCAGGACAAGCAUCAGAAGCUGAGGGAGAGCCGGAGGGCCUCCAGCUUCCUCCCUUCCUUACCUCCUCUUCCUCCCCCGUCCUCCCUACCUGACCGCCAUCCCUUCCGCUGCCAUGACGACGACCUCAACAAGCCGAAGGGCAAGCGACCCUGCAAGCUGAAGCACACGGAAGGAGAGACGGGGAGGGAGGAGGAGGAGGGAGACGGGGGAGGAAAUGACGAUGACACGAGUGGAAAGGUGUCCCCGUCCGACCCUCAGCACACACACAUCUCCCGGCCCGCCCCCGAGGUCCGCCGGCUCAUCGUGAACAAGAACGCCGGAGAGACGCUGCUGCAGCGCGCCGCCCGCCUGGGAUACGAGGAGGUCGUGCUCUACUGUCUGGAGCGGCGGAUGUGCGACGUUAACCACCGGGACAACGCCGGUUACUGCGCCCUGCACGAAGCCUGCGCCCGCGGCUGGCUGGGGAUCGUACGCCACCUGGUGGAGCACGGAGCCGACGUCAACUGCAGCGCUCAGGACGGAACCAGACCGCUGCAUGACGCCGUGGAGAACGACCACGUGGAGGUGGUGCGCUUCCUGUUGGCCUGCGGCGCCGACCCGACCCUCACCACCUACUCUGGACGAGGACCAAUCAACAUGACCCACAGCGCUGCCAUGGAAACCUUCCUGGAGGACUAUCUGUCCGACCUCCAGGGAAGGUCGGAGGGCGAUCCAGGAAUCUGCUGGGAGUUUUACGGCAGCUCGGUGUGCGAACCGUCCAGCGAGGUAGGACUGUUCAACAUUCUUGCUGACCCACCGGGUCCAGAGGAGGAGGAAGACGAUGAAGAGGAGGAUGAGGAUGUGGAGCAACGAGCCAGGAGGGAGGUGUUUGAGUUUGAGCUGUCAGACCGACCACUGCUACCCUGCUACAACAUCCAGGUGUCUCUGUCACAUGGACCCAGGAACUGGCUCCUCCUCUGCGACGUCCUCGGGCGCCUCCGGAUGACGUCGCGUUCGUUCCGCCGACUCUUCCCUCAGCUCAACGUGCGCUCCGUCCCCGAGGACCAGUUCUACCAGCAGGCCAGUCUGUCGCAGCUCCUCACGGGUCCAGAUGAGCGGGAGCUGGCCUCCUUCAGGCCCGACGUCAGGGACCCGGUGGAGCUGGUGGAGGCCACGCCGGAGCUGGCCGGCAUGCUGGGCUCGUCUCUGGAGUUUGUGGAUAGUCGCUGGGACUCGAUGGAGGCGUCUCCACCGCCGACACCGCCACCGACACCAAGACCACCGCCACCGACACCAAGACCACCACAACGCUUCACACCGCUACCACAGCGUCAGACAGUUGGCGCCAAACAAAACCGGUCUGCAGAGUCCGGACUGAACCAAGGGUUUAAGAAUCCGUGUUCCUCGAGAAUGGAAACCAACAUGGAUGCUAACGUGAGGGAGCAAACAGGAAGUAGAAACGCUGGACUUCCCCUUCCUGCAAAGCCAAACGCGACCAUGAGUGUUAGCAUGUGGGAAAGAAGUACGAACGCUGCUUUUGCUAGAGAGACCAGUUCAGACUCUAAAGUGGACUCUGGCAUGUGGGAACUGCAGAGAUCAGCAGGUAAGAACAUCUGGAUCCAGAGUUCUGCUCAUCCAGACUCUCAGGUGGACUCUAGGGAGCGACACCACGGAGGUAAAUCCACCGGGAACGCUACCGUCAAGUCUGAGGCGGCGGUUGUUGUUAGCAUGUUGGAACCACAGCGACUACGAAGUGGGAGCGCCGUGAACUCAGACUCCAAACUGGACCCACAACCAACACAAACCAAGAACCCUGCUAAUGCUAACGGUGCCGCGGACGCUAACACGUUGGAACGCCACGGCGUGAAGAGAGUCGCCGGCACCAACCACCACGGAGGCAAGACCAUAAAGAUGGACGCCGCCUGGCAGAGGAACCUCGGCAACGUCCGAGUCCACAUCAGGGACUUGGGGAUUAAAGUGGGGGGCGGAGCCAUCCGGAGAGACGUGAAGAAAGAACCCGCAAAGGCUUCUGGGAAGGGGGUCAGGGUCAAAUCCAGGUCAUGACAGCGUUACCACGGAAACGAGACCAUAAACCCGAUCAGAAUUAUCCUCAUGUGAAUAUGUAAAUGAGUCAACACCAUAUAUGGACGUGUAGAUGUAAAUACGAGGUCUCUGUUCAAACAGACGACGGUUCUCUGUGUCGUUUUGUAUUCAGCAUCCAAACUAUUUAUGUCCAAUAAAUAUAUA